AUGGCAGAACCAGCAGCACAGCCUCGUAAGCGUGCUGCGGAGGGUAUCUAUGAGACCCGCAACGUACGCCAGCGAGUUGAUAGUGAUGUCCACCGGAUCAACACAUGCGCCGCCGAUCUGGCCCUUGACCACCUCCUGUUGGAUCCCAAGGACCAUCCUCUACAUCAGCGCAACCUGAAUCAGAUCCUCGACUCUCUAUGUAGCGAAGAAUUUCCGAAGCAGCAGAUUCGUCAACCUCUGGCUCGAAUCAUGCAACGGGCCCUCACACAAGAAGUGGAGUCCAGUGGCCAACUCCGGGUUGUCAGACGCGAGAUCAUUGUUCAUUGUUGGCCUGGCCAAGCUGUGGGCCAGGCACUCGGCGAUCUCGUGGGUGUUAGUGCAUCAGGCCAGCCGACCUGGAUCAAGCAGGAAGUUGCUAACGCCCAUUUCGAGCUGAAGGUCAUACCCCUCCUGCGGCUGGAUGUUGACUCUGAUGUGGAUGCUGCUGGAGAUUACCGACUGCGGGAUAGCGGUGUAGACGCACAGCCAGCAACUCUUGAUGAUGUGGGCUAUCGCUACCGGGAGCAGGGAGCUGGAAGGGACGAUGAGGUCCUGGAGGAGGAGGUCGUCGCAGAUGAGGUUGAGGCUGAGAGUGAAAGCAGCAGUGAUGACGAAGUCGACAUUGUCGAGGGGAGAUCAGCCAUACGAGAUCCGGGUAAUGAUGCUUCUGACCAGUCUGUCGGUUACGAGAUGCUUGACAAAACGCCACCAUGGGGCGAAGCAUACGAUCACGAACAUGGCGAGGACGGCUCUAGCAGUGCGGACACCCCGCCGAAAAGCUGGAAAAUCCACCGCUACCCGUCUGUGAGUGGCUGCGACUACAUCCUCACGCCCGACACCCUUAGCAGGAGGGCACACUCCGUUCUGGUCAACGCUCCAUUCGCAGACAUCAAGGCCGCGAUCACCAACGCUGUCGGACCGUCCGUCGGGCCCAAGAUCACACGUGUAGGCCACUCCGAUUGGACCGUCCGGCUUUCCAAUGCGUCCGAGUUCAUCUCCAUCGUCAAUCGUGUGGUCCAGAUCUGCGCCGUCCAGAUCCCACUUGUGCCAUACACACCAAAGACGACCCAAGCUUUUAUAUGCAAGAGCAUACCCCCUAAUGUUUCGCUGGCCGGCCUGACCUCAGUCCUUCUCGCUGGUCUUCGGCCUCAUCGGAUUCACGUCAUGCAGGCACCCUCAACUGCCACUAAUAAGGCGAGAGGGUCGCAUCACAUCGUCGUCCUUCUUGAUAGCCCGGUCGACUUCGAGUGGUUCGGAUACGCGGCGCCAUGCGGUACAGGGGAGCAUACUUGGUCGGUUCGAUUCAACGCUCAGGUCGGGAACUGCACGUCGUGUAAGUUACACAAACACAGCCUGGGAUCGUGUCCGGAGCUGCGUGCUGUCACCGGAGAUCACGAGGAUCACCCACACUGGCUCGCUCACAAGCCACAACUCGACACCUAG